AUGUCAUUUGAUUGGUUAAAUAUUCCAGGCAUCGAGAAUGGCAGGUUGAAUACUGAUGUUGCUCAUGGUGAAGAUGGUUCAUCACCGCCUCCUUCAGUUUCGUUUGAUUUUGGAGUCUCUAACACUACCGGUAGUGCUGUUAACCAAAUAGAUGACGUACCUGGGAAUUUACAAGUUCCGGACACUCUUCAUAGUUCGAAACCUAAUAUUACAAUGGAGACUUCCCAUAAGAGUUAUAGCGAUUCUCAACUUGCUUACAGGCAACCUUCUUCGAAUGUGAAUGAUAAGAAUGUUAAUAACCCAUAUACACUUCAAGAGAGUGCUUCUAAUAGAUCAGAUACUGGUACUGAAUACAAGGAAAGUAAGGAAGAAUUGCAGGUUCCUUUGUCCUUGUCCAGAACCCAACUUUCAAUAGAAGAAGUUAAAACUUAUUUGAGGUGGUAUAAUUAUAUUAUUGCUAAAACUCAUAAUAAGUUGGUUAGACUAUAUGAUGUUUUCAAAUUCUUGAUCAAUUUUAGAAUUACACAGGAAUUGGAAGGCCGUAUUGGUUAUAUCUUUAGAACUUGUAAAAAUUCUCUAAAUAUUGGCCAGUUUUUCGCUGUUAUUAGACUAAUUUCAUUUUAUUUAACCACUGGAAAGCUACCGAAUAGAACAAUGAUUUUACAAAGAGCAACAAUCCCAAAGCCUCGUCCUAUAUUAUGUACUGAUAAUAAUGCUGAGGUUUAUGAAGAGAUUGAAGAAGAAGCGCCAGAAAGUGCAGGUGUAGACUUUGAUGCAUUUACUUCUUUAUUGUUAACUGGUCAUAAAACAAAAAAACGUGUCAGACGUGUAAUAAGAGCAUCUUCGUUAAGCAAAAGAGUAAGGUUUUCAGAAAAUAUAACGUUCCAAGAGGCUUCUAGAGAUGAAAAUGGUAUACAGCAUGUCGAACCACAGCAUGAGACGAAUGAUGAAAAUAUUACUAAGAAUCAAGGCCCCUUAGAUUUAACAUUGCCAAUGGAUCAAUUAUUGAAACAAAUGGAAAAACAAAAACCAACAAACAGUGGUUUAAUAUCAAGCUUGCCUACUGAGCAACAGGAAACUGAAGAAGAAAAGGCUGUAUUGGAAGAUAUGAAAGAUUCCUUAUCACAUUUCAAACAAAUACAAACAGUAGAUUCUGCCUCUUUAAUGGGAUUGCCUCAGUUUUCUCAGGAAAAUAUGGGCGGUAACGUAAUGAAUACGCCUUCUAGCAUCAAUCAAUCGCCAUUACAACCUCUGAAGCCAACUGCAACUGGUUCUGGUAACCAUUUAUUUCGUCAGGAGUACAACCGUAACUUAGCAUCUAGUCCUGCUUUAACCGAUUCACAGAAUGCCAUGCAACCUUUGAAACCUACUGCUACUGGAUCAGCCAACUAUUUGGUUCGUAGUCAUUUUGAACCUGCACAGGCUCUAGAAAAUAAUCAACAGUUUUCCCAACAAAUAGAAACUCCAAGUAUUAGUAUAACAAAUACAAGCAUGGGCUCUGGUUCUCAACCAAUAGCUAACAAUAGUAAUGGUAUACAAGCUUUACAGCCUACUGCAACUGGAUCAACGAAUCAACUAUUGAAGCAAAACAUUAACCCAAUCUCUUCCAAUAAUAAUUCCAGCCAAAUGCAAAAUGGAGAGCUUUAUUCUUCACCUCAACAUACUGGCCAAUUUCCAGCCCCAACUGGUGGUAUGGGUCUAUCACCCCAACAUAGUUCCCAACAUUCAAUGCCACAGAUACGUCAACUACAAGCACAACAUAGUGCACAACCUAUGAUACAACAAUCAAGAAUUUCACCAUCCAUAUCUAUUCAGGGUCCAAGAUUAAACCAAUUGCAACCACAGCACAGUGCACCCCAUCUCCCUUCACAACAAAAUGUGUACUCCAACUAUCAAUCUGUCCAGCAACUUCAUUCGCGCAAUAAUAUAAACAGUGUGAAUAGUAUGAACAGCAUGAACAACAUGAGCAACAUGAGCAACAUGAGCAACAUGAAUAACAUGAACAACAUGAACAACAUGAACAACAUGAACAAUUCUAACAAUAUGAAUAAUAUGAAUAAUAUGAAUAAUAUGAAUAAUAUGAACAGUAUGAACAAUAUACACAGCAUGAAUAAUCCGAACGGUAUGAGCAACAUUCAACAAAACCUAUUAUCUAAUCCCACUCCAGCCAGCAACUAUUUCAAUUCACUAUUGUCUCAUACACCAUCACCUUCAGGAAGUAACUUGAAUUUAGCCAGUAAUACGGGGAUAAAUCAACAAAUGUUACAACCACAACCUAUGCAGAUGCAAAUGGCACAAAAUAAUCAGUAUAGUUCAAAUUUCAAUAACAUUCGUCAAUUUUCCCCUCAGCAUUCACCACUUCAAUCACAACAACAGCAACAGCAGCAGCAGCAAAGUGUCCACCAGCCGCAACAACAGCAAUUCAACCAGACACUUCAACAGUAUGGAAACUCUCAAGCUCGUGUGCCAUCUCUCCAAGGUGACAUUUUAGGUGACCUUCAAUCUUGCAACAACAAGUGGAAAUUU